AUGUCAGCGGCUUCCAUGCUGUGUUGCUUAACGUGCUCCCUGCCGGGACUCUCCUUCGUGGUUUCACCACCGAUAAGGUUUAAUCCACACGCCAGCCCGAAUCAUUUCGGCACGCGUCGACAAAGGAGAGCCGCGCGAGCGCGAGGCGGCGGGUACUUCCUCCGGCAAAGGGCGGGAAUAUGCAGCCGGCGACGAAUUCGUCGAUGGGACUGGGCUGUUCGCUCGAAAGACUUGCCGAGGGGGGUCUCGUCUUCGCGCGAUGCCGCUUCCGACCAAGAAGACGACGUCUUGUCUUUCGAGGAGUUCGAAAAGGCGUUACUGUCCGCGGCUCCAAGUCGGGAUGGAUGGUACAGAAGCGCCGACGGCGCAGUUGAUUCCGCUGGUGCGCGGACGGGGAUAAACUGGCGAUUGCUCGUCGAGGAUAUCUUGGUGCAGCCACUUUUCUUCGGGAUUUUUGCUGUGCUCGCCAAGCCAGCAAUGCGCGGGCAGGUGAAAUCUUCGUUGAGUGUGACACUACACGGCGCCUGUGUAGGGAUACUCGGGUCACUACCACUUUUCGCGUAUGGACUGUUCCUCGAAACGCGACGGGACUGGGGUUGGGUGCGAAAGGCCCAGGCCACGACGGAACGCGCCGUUCUCAAGCUCUUCGGGAGCAAACGGCAGGUGACAAAGGUGGCCGCGGUUUCGAUCCCCUUGUCGAUGCUUGUCAGCGCUUCCGAAGAGUGCGGGUUCCGAGGACUUCUACCCCUCAUACUCGCAACCCACACCAGCUUGCCAACGGCCGCCAUCGUGGUCCUCUCGGGGAUCUUUUGCGGGGUGCUCCACGCCGUGUCGUUGGCGUACUUCCUGAACGCCACUUUGAAUGGUAUUUUCUUCCACUGUCUACUGCUCUCCACGGGAAACAUCUUCGUGCCGAUGGUGGCGCAUGCUGUCCACAACGCCUUCGCCCUAGUGCACUGCCACAUCAAGACAUCUGGAGGAGAACCAGCCAAGUAA